AUGAGCUGCGGUGUGAAGCCGGCACGAACCACCAAGACGGCAGCGGUGUGCACAUCCGCUGCGAGGCUGCUCCUCACCAGACAGUGCACACCACACUCAAUUCGACGGCACUGCAAUUCACCAUUCGCACUCGGGAUAGCUAUCUCGUCAAUGUCAGCGCGGUGUCAUGGUUCAGCGCGGCUGAUUGACCCGAAUAUAGAUAACGGUGACGCAAAACCGUUUGGCAAUCUAUGGAUAUGGAACUUUCCGGCGACCAAGGAUAAAAGUGACAGGCCACCGUGCUAUGCAAAUUCGGCUGCGAAACUGAGGAAACAAUGA